AUGAAAACUACUCUGUGUAUUGUAUUGAUUUCACUUUUAUUAGUGUCUGCAACCUUUGCUGAGCCGGAUGCAGGAUGUCCACAGAUCAGAAUCAAAGACUGUCCAAAAGGUGAGUUCUUAGUCACAUCUGAAAACGGUCCAUGUAAAAUCCAAUCAUGUCAUCCUUGCCCAAGAAUCGGAAUUGUAAUUCACUGCGCUCCCGAUGAACAUAUGGAGACCACUAAUGAACAAUGUCCAAAAAAUCACUGUGUGAAGAAUAACUAA